GACUUGAUCAUCCUUAUUCUGCUGAGGUUGCCAGUGAUGUCUCUUUUACGUUUCAAGUGUGUUUGUAAGUUAUGGUUUUCUCUUAUCUCUCAAACCCACUUUGCAAAUUCACAUUUUGAAAUUACCGUGACACACAGUCCUAAAAUUUUGUUCAUAUCAAAUCCAUAUCUUGAAACUCGAUUGAUCGAUUUUGAAGCAUCACUUAGCGAUUAUUAUACAUCUACUUCACUGAACCUUAGUUUUGUGCGUCCACGUCCACGUCCUGAUCCUUAUCCCCAUCGUGGAUAUUAUUUUUAUAUUCAAACUAAAUGUUCAUGUAGAGGGUUUAUAUUUUUGCAUCGUGCUGCAACAACUUAUCUAUGGAAUCCAUCCACUAGAGUUCACAAACAAAUACCUUUGUCUCCUUAUGGUUCCUAUUUACAAGUCAAUCAUUCCUUACAUCUAUAUUGUUUUGGGUAUGAUCCGUCAACAGAUGAUUAUUUGGUGGUUUUGAUGUCAUUUCACAAUGUCUUCCAUAAUAUUUCAUUACAUUUGGAGUUUUUCUCAUUGAGAGAUAAUAGAUGGAAUGAAAUUGAGGUUACUAACUUCCCUUAUAUAAACUUCUCUGAUUAUUCCAUGGUAGGGUCGCUCUUUAAUGGGGCUAUUCACUGGUUGGCUUUUCAUCUUGAUUUAUCAAUGAAUGUUAUUGUUGCCUUUGAUUUAAUUGAAAGGAAACUUUUAGACAUAUCUUUGCCAGAUGAUCUUUUUUGGAGAGGUUUGCCAGGUGAUUUUGAACAUGAACCUACAGAUUGUGAUUUGUGGGUAUUUGGUGAACUUCUUAGUGUAUGGACUAGACAGAAUGAUAUAGUUGAAAUAUGGGUGAUGAAAGAAUACAAAGUGCAUUCGUCAUGGACUAAGACUCUUGUUUUUUCUAUUGAUGUCAUUCCCACUCAUUACUUCGCUCCAAUAUGUUGUACAAAAAUUGGUGAUAUUAUUGGAACUGAUGGUGAAGUUGGAUUGGUGAAGUAUGAUGAAAAAGGACAGUUUCUAGAGUAUACCUCUUAA